GCCCGGUUUCCGAAACAUUUGGGAUUUUUACUUUCACUUUUAGAUAAGAUAUGGGUGAACAUGUUUGUAAACAUCACAUGUUAAACAUCGGAUGAUGUUUAAAAUUUAAGGUGACAGAUAUAAAGAAAAAGUUUCUAUUUUGGAGUGACUUUUCUUGUUAAUGAUGUCAACUUCACCAUCUGGGCGGUCACCAUGGGGAUUUGAAGGUGAAGGUCACAGUGCUUGGAAUAAACAGGUCGAGCUGGCUGGCCUUACCGCUGACACUGCAGCAAGCUCAACUGAUUCUGAAAACAAAAAGAAAGAAAUAACAAGAAAACAUUGGAAAACUCCAGGCUCCAAUUGUUCCAACAAAGAAUGCAAAGUGAAGUUGUCUUUGAUACAGAGAGCUCACCACUGUCGCAGAUGCGGAGGGACAUUCUGUGAAAAUUGCCUUCAGUACAAAAGAAGACUUAACCCUCUUGCAAACCCGGACCCAGAUGGGAAGCGGUACAAAGUUUGUCAGCAGUGCUUUGAAGAAGGAGGAGACAGCGAGGGAGUAAUUAUCAAUUUAACAGGCCAGUUUUUGGAGUUACGAUCACAAUGCCAGCAGGUUCAAAGUGCUGCGAAACGGUCAAUCGGAGACACGUCAUGGAGACAAAGAUUCGACUUAGAAGCAGAAUGUAGGAGAUUGAUCAGUGGAUUUAAGGCAGCAGUCGGAAACUCUGAACUGAAGCGAUCUCUACACGAGGUGAAAACCAUUAUUUUGGUACCGGACUGGCAGAAGUCUCCAUAUUGGAAGUUGGAAGUCACGGCGGACACAUGUCAAAUCUGUAAAACAAAGUUUACAUUGAUUCGUAAGAAACAUCACUGUCGUCUGUGUAGCAAGAGCUUGUGUGCGUCUUGUUCCAGCAAAGAUUUACUCGUAUUCAUCCCUGAUGAAGAACGGUCAAAGGACACUGACCCAAAACUAGCCAUCAUCAAAAUUAACGGAUGCCCCACGGUUGAGCCGGAGGUGUCACUGUGUCUGCGGAUCUGUAAGUCAUGCCAGGACAAAAUGGUUGAUCGACAGCUAAAUAAAGUGGAAAAAGAUUUAAUGGAACAAAGUCAGGAUGUUUUUACAGACCUUGUCCGCCUUCAUACUGCUACUCAGAAAAUUAAAGAAUCGGUUUCGAGGCAGUUGACAGAGUACCAGACCAUUGUCGAGUCUCUGGAAGACAACACUACUCACAAGGAUAAAGACAGUAAAAGUAACAUCAAAACGCUGGCAAAGUCACAGGAAGAUGUAGCUGACUAUCUUUCCCAGCUUGUGGUAAAAAUUCAGCAACUGAAGAAGCUAAAACCAGAGUCCAAUGCUCAAGCUAUUCUUUUUAAAAAUUGUUUAAAGAGUAACUGUGAUUUCUACAUGGAAAAUCAUUACCAAUACCGUGACCAGACGAGGAAACUGAGUGAAUCAGCCCCACCUGAUGUUUUAGAAAUCAUACAAAGGACAGUUGACAAAAAUGCGAUUGUGAGUACACAGUUGUACAUCCGGCAGCUGGUUUAUGAGUCAAUACAUUUAUGUGAAAAGCACAAGUUGGACGGAGACGAGAUACCAGGCAUUCUUGUUCCAGUUGACCAGACUAUAGAGGAAGAGGCGAAAUCCACAUUACUUUCUAACGGCGAUGACUGGGAACAACACAUACAGGUCGUGAAAACAAUGCUAGGGGGAACAGAUGAAAAAUCAUCGUUUGAUAAAGCCGUCAAAACGUCUUUUGGAGAAAGAAGGACAAACGCAUAUUGCUGACGUUUUGAAAUGGCGAUGUUCAGAAGUGCUUCAGCAAGUCUGUGUCCAGAUCAAUAUGAAAGCAGCCAACAGGAGUUUUCAGAAAUCUAAACGUGUUCUCAAAGACGCUGGUGAAAGAGUUAAGACCUGUCAGGUCUGACCUAACUCAGUUUCAAAGUCUAACUUUUCGUUUUUACUAAAUUAUUGUGAUAUCGGUAUUCAUUAUAUCAUUAGAUUAUUUCUGAUUGUAAGGGAAAUCUGUGAUUGUUUACCAAAACAAGGAGGUCGUGCACUAUAAUCAUUUUACAUGUCGCAAUCUAAUUGAAAGCAUGCAAAUUAUAAUGUGAUAGCAAGUUUUUCUUUGUGUUAAAUUUACUAGAUAUCAAAGCCUCAAUUUUGAAGUGAAUUGACUUUGAUAUCUCACAACCAGUAUAGGGUUGAAGAAUGACUUUUCGGUGACUGCUCUGUCACCUUCAUCCACCACAUGACCACCGAAGCAUAUGGGCACUAUAGCAUAGAAAUCAAAUCGACAGGUUUUUUUCGUGUACAAUUUAAGUGUAAAACUACAUACGGUGCUAUUGUAGUAUAGAGGGUUAGGAUUUAUUAUAUAUUGGACUAUUUUUGUGUAAUAUUGAUUUUUUGCUGUUUUUCAUGAAUAUAUAUGUAUAUAUACAUCGUCAUGUGACCAUGCAAUGGCUUUUUAUUGCACGGUCACAUUACAAGUAAUUAUUUCCAAAAAAGACAUUCCUUUCGAACAGGCAUUAUCAAUUUCUUGAUGGUUUAUCUAUUAAUACAGAAUAUUUUAUAAAUGUAUUUGUACAUUUGAUUUCACUCUAUAUAGUUUAUAAGAUGUUUUAGAAAUGCUUAAUAUAGUUGCUUUUGAUGAUGAAAUAGAGUACAGUCUUUGAGACACAAUUCUUAUGGAGCUUAUGGCAUGUCCCAUCGUCCGUCGUCCGUCAACUUUUACUAAAAUUGCUACUUGUCAAGAACUACUCAAUGGAUUGUAAUCAAGUUUGGUCUGGAGAAUCCGUGGUUGAAUUGAAACCAAGUUUGCUUAAGUGGUGGGUCUUGCUUCAAGGGCCCGGUGUCCAAUAGGAUAGCUUUUUUUAUUCUUCUUGUGUCGGAAUGAAAUGAUGUUGAUCUGAAGCAUAAUUUGGUUACUGGAACCAAUUAAGUAUGAAUGAUUGGUCUUGCCGCAGGGUCAUGCGGACAUAUAGCAAAUUUUAAAGUUCUUUUUCUG